AUGCGUGUCAUCAAUACCAUCGUCUCCGUUGUCGGCGUCUUUCAAGAAAUGCACAGCGAGGCUCUUGCGGCGGCAGCCUUGGGCCACCAUCAAGUCUCCUCAAAGAACUCUGUCAUGAAGGCUGAUGAGGCUGAUGUUACUGGCAUGCACUUGAAUGAAAACCGCUUCUUGAGAGGUGAGGUGAACCCUGGAGAAGAGAAAUUGGUUGGGGAGACGGUCGUGAAGCGGAUCGUCCAGUUGCUGCCAGACGCUGUCGCCAAAAUGAAGACGCUUGGGGACGACACACGGAAAAUCAGAGAGGCAACAAAAAGGAUCGACGAGGGCGAUGCGCAGCUCGAAUCACUUAAGAAGAUAGGUGUUACUUUACGCCAGCUCCUUCAGGCGAUCAAGAAAUCGGUGCAUGGUAUGCAGCUGACGAAACGGGUGUAUGCCGAGGCGGAUCGCGUUGCAAAGGCAAAUCACAUGGAGUUGGUGAAGAAGAUAAAACCUUCCAACAAAUUUCGGAGCGACCACCAAAAGAGUGAAUAA